AUUUUUUCAAAAGGGACAAGUAAAAGGGGACGGAGGGAUCCCUCCAGCACUGGAUCUAUACAUACGCACAUUACACACACCCCUUCGCUCUGUUUUCCUCUCCUUCGAAAUCUACCAUUUUUAGGAGUGCUAAAGAUGGGGCUGUCCUUUACCAAACUCUUCAGUCGGCUCUUUGCCAAGAAAGAGAUGCGCAUACUGAUGGUGGGUCUCGAUGCAGCUGGUAAAACAACUAUUCUUUACAAGCUUAAGCUGGGAGAGAUAGUUACCACAAUUCCUACUAUUGGAUUUAACGUGGAAACUGUUGAAUACAAGAACAUCAGCUUUACCGUCUGGGAUGUCGGAGGCCAGGACAAGAUCCGCCCUUUGUGGAGACAUUACUUCCAGAAUACUCAGGGCCUCAUAUUUGUGGUUGAUAGCAAUGAUCGAGAUCGUGUAGUCGAAGCAAGGGAUGAGUUGCACAGGAUGCUUAAUGAGGAUGAGUUAAGGGAUGCUGUCCUACUUGUAUUCGCAAACAAACAAGAUCUUCCUAAUGCUAUGAAUGCUGCUGAGAUUACUGAUAAGCUUGGCCUUCAUUCUCUUCGUCAGCGCCACUGGUACAUCCAGAGCACAUGUGCCACUUCAGGUGAAGGUUUAUAUGAAGGUCUGGACUGGCUCUCCAAUAACAUUGCAAACAAGUCGUAGACAUCUUGCUCAGAGUUUGAAUCUUCACUGCAACCAGAUAGAGUUCUUCAUAUUCUUUUGUUCUGAGAUCUGUCAAGACAGUCGGAUAGUGGUUUUUGCAUUUUUUUUUUGCUUCCAAGUUGUGUACUAUGUCUUUAUGUUGACCUCUUUACUAUGUUUGAGGUCUCUUUAAAUGUUCAUUUUGUUUCUUGUAGGUUUGUUAUGGUUCUGUUUCAUACAUGGUUUGUUAUGGUACUCUAUAUAUAUGAUAAGUGAUGUGUUACAGUUUAUUAUGCAA